AUGAGUUCUAGAGCAAUUGACCAAAUCAAACAAGUGCUUAACAGCCCACAGGGGCAAGAACUGCCAGAAGAAACCUUAGGUACACCAGACCUUGAUUUCAGUCCGAUGCAAUCGGUUGAUGAGCAAAAAGACUUUGAUACCCUUUCAAAUGAUGGAGAGUUGCUACUCGAAUCUCUUUGCAAAGAAAUAGUGAAACCACAAGGUGUUAUAGAGUACUACAACAUAUUCAAAGCUGAAGAAGGUAAACCAAUAAGAAUAAACAGCUACACCAUGAAAACAUUAUUUAACUGGAUAGAAAUGUUGAGAUACAAAGAAUUUGAACAUUAUAGCUAUGUCAUACCACAUUUAUACAAACUAAUUAUGGUGCUCCCAUCUUUGUUUACUGUUGAGCUGGAUCAUUCAAUCAAUCCACCUGUUCUUGAUGAUAAAACUACUAUUCCAUUUCUUAUCAACAGCACCACUCCAACUUCUCCAAUCCAAUCAAUACCAACCAAGAGAAAAAGGUCAAACUCAAGUGAUUCAACUUUAGCUCAGGAUAAUAAGUAUGUACACACAAGCUAUCAAGAUAUUCCUAAAGGGUUUUUUGACUCGAAAACAAAAGAACUGGAGGGUUACAUGAAUGAUUUGAUGAGUACGAUUCCCAAAUAUGAAAUUCUAGAUACAAUCGGUGAAUCUUUAGAUUUGAUUAGAGAAAAUUCAUGUGGUCAAGGCAUUAUAAUCCGGCCUGGUGAAACUCAUGAAUGUGAAAUUGAAAAUAUUGUCAAGAUGCAAAUAAUAGAUCCAAUCGUGGAAAUAUUUCGGUUGGUUUUGAAAUAUGCACAUUCUGAUGAUUCGAAUCCAGCUCGAACUAGACCCAUGUUAACUUCCAAAGGACGAUCUCAUUUUGAAACAUCUACAGCUUCAGAAAACAAUGAUUUAUCGAAAGGUUUUGAUAAUCAACAUGGCUUUCAACGAUAUAUCGCCAUUAGUGAAUAUGGAGCUGCACACAAUGAAGUCACUGAUAAAUCAAAAGUACCAGCUAAUACUUCAAGGCGUGCUCAAAACCACUGUGAAAAAGCUUCUUUUGUUACUGAGAUAAAGAAGCCGAGUCUGUCAGAAACUAGCUCAUGUAUGGAUCUAACAAGUGAUGGAAAGUUUUCGGACCUUAUCAGACAGUCUCUCAUGUUUUCUUGCCGGUUAAAUCUUGAUACAUCAUCCAUUAGUGAUGGUAUUUCAUUCUGGUUUUUUAUCACAGAUGAUGAGAAUGAACCUAUGGGAAACUCAGAGGAUGUUGCUUGUAAAAAGGUGUUUACCAAUCUAACAUUUAACGGGGUGGAAAAGUCAACUAAUUCACCAUUGUUCCAAAAUAACAAAUUACCUACGAGAUUAUUGGUUUCAUUAGUAUUAUAUAUGGUUGAAAUAUCAAAAGAAAUAGCCGAUCAAGACUCCCCUGAUGCAAAAGAAAAAUCACAACGAAUGAACAGAAUUAGCAAAUCAUCUGAAGAGAGAGUUAAUCAAACCUCCAGAGAAGAAAACUUCCAAACUAGACUUGCAGGCACAAGUGAUGGAAAUUCUACAAUGAAUCAAUCAGACAGUGAUCACACAAAUAAAUAUUCAACGGAACCUUCUAAUCAAGGUGAUAAAGACAUGCCUUCAUCAACACCUUAUUGUUCAGUGAAAGACCGUCACGAGUCACCAAUUACAAAUUCAACUGAAACAACUGCUAUGCAUAGUGAUAACCCCAAGUUUACUGCCAGGGUUCCUUCAAAUUUCAAGGAAUACAAAGUUAUACAAAAUGAUGAAGAUGGGUUAUGUCAAGUUAUAAGAAUUUCCAGAGAGACUUUCAACAGUAUUUUCAGCGAGCAUAGUUCGGAUUCAGCUAAUCAAAAGUUGGAGGUUGAUGUUGAUGAUGACAAUAGAUCUGAUAAUGUGAUAUUGAAGUUAUACAGUUUUGACCAUUUACUAAAUUAUUAUUUCCAGAACUUUGUAUUGUUAACACUUGAAUACCAAACUCCUGAUGAAUUUAUUGAUUGGGUAGUCAAAACUAAGUAUGAAGUGGAAGUUGAGGUGAAUCAAAACAUUCAAUCUCACAAUGAUGAACAAAUAAGAGAUCAGAACCUAGAUAAAGUCAUAAAGUGCCCCAAAAUGUGUGGGUUUGGUGCUAUGGUUGCUAGUGAGGCCAACCCUGCUUUCAAUGGAUAUUUUAUUGGUUUUGAAGAAAUUAUAAAUUUUGAUGAACACGAUAUGUUUUCGAUUGAAGAUCUUGAGGUAUUGACUGCAGAGGUGGAAAAAUUGCAUAGAAUAAACAUUGUCCAUGGGGACAUACGCUUACCAAACAUAUUGUUUGAUGAGCAGAAUAAACUAAAUCUGAUUGAUUUUAAUAGUGCUGUGUUAGUUAAGGAAUCUCCCCCUCCAGUUGAUGCUGGUGUUGAUGAAAGACAUGAUGUCAAGUACAAGGCGUAUGAGAAAGAUUACAAAAAACUUGCUGCAUUGAAAGAAAAGAUGUUAGUACGUUCAUGA